AUGCACGAAGAUCUACGACGACGCGCUCUGGAGAGCGGCAAGACGGUAUCGAGCAAAGCCCGAUCCAAACAAUCCUCUCGUGGAAGUUCCAAAGCGAAUUCAGCAACAAAUUCAAGAGCGGCAUCUCGCAUCCAAAGCCGUGAUGUGUCGGAUGACGAAGACUAUGGCAAUGGCAACCUCAGCGAUGACACCAACCAAAGCAUCAACUCCAUCGAUGCCCUGCUUGACAGCGAUGAUUUCAACGAACAAACCACCGAUGUCAUGCGGACACAGUUGAUCACUGCGAUCGAUAAUUUGUUGGAGCGGAAAGGUAGUAGUGUUACUGGUCGCGAAACCAAUCUGACGACCUUUGUUCGGUGCUUGACGUCUCACUAUCUUGCCGAAGUGCUCUACCGCCGCGUACCGGAUCUCCUUGACUCUUUUGAAAGAAGUAUCAAAGCGGAAACCAGCGAAAAAGAAGCCAUCUUAGCUCUACGUGCAGUUUCCCUGGUUGCCAUCACUUUCGAGGACGGUGGCGUGUAUGAGAGCAUGGCGCCGGUGUUGAAACGAAGCAUCUCCGACUCCCAGUCCUUGACAAUCAAGACGGCCGCCAUUUAUUCUCUGGGCAUUUGCCUGUCUUUUGGCGGAGCGGGAGAGGAAGAACUGGAACAGGUCAUGACGUUCCUCCUGGAGGUUGCAUCCAGCGACGGAUCGUUCAUUGACGCUGAUGACAGUUCCGAGGUCGUGGCCGCGGCAAUAAAUACAUACGCAUUCCUUGCUACCUACGUUGAAGACCUGGAGCAUGAGUCGGAAGAUGCGGUAGCGACCUUCCUUGACCAGCUUGAUUCCAGCGACGCCAGAGUGCAGAUUGCAGCCGGAGAGGCCAUCGCUCUGCUGUUCGAGAAGAGCUACACCCCUCGUGAAGAUGAUGAUUCAUCGACGGAUGAAGAUGGGGAGAGCUCAGGAUCCGACGCAGAGCCUGACCGAUCGGGACUCGUCAAACGAUACAAUGCCUAUCACAAUGCGCACGAGGUGCUCGAGCGUGUCAAGGCUUUGUCAUCCCUGAGCACCAAAUCCAUGAAUCGACGAGACAAGAGAGACCUUCAUCAAGCCUUUGCCUGCGUGGUGACCACCGUGGAAAACCCGAAGCUUGGCCUGCAGUCCAACAAUGCGUCCAAGAUGACAGUUCGGGUGCACCGGGAAGGGGAGAUGAAAGUGGACAAGUGGUGGAAGUUGAUGCGCCUGAACGCAAUCCGUCGACUGCUGGCCAGCGGUUUCGUCAAUCACUACUAUGAAGGCAACAAACAGGUGCUGGACGCUUUGCCAAUGAUCAUGCGAGCAACCGGAGACGAGGCUUUGCGCAGUCCACGGAGAGGAUUGGGCAACAAGGUCACCAAGGGACGAUUUCGCGACAAUCGACGAUUUAUCUCGGGGGAUUUGCUGGAACCAUAA